AUGUGGAAGUCUCUGAGCACGUUGGCCCUGGCCGGUGGCCUGUUGCAACGAUGUCAAGCAUCCUAUGUCACUUCGAUGUCGCUGAACGCCCAGCAGCUCUUCAAUGAGUCGAUGAGCUGGAUGGACGGGUGGUACGACCGCGACGCGGGCUACCUGUACGAUGUGGAUGGGGGUGCGGCACUCCGUCAUGAGACACGUAGUUCGGUCUGGUACGCGUUGGGACUUCUGGCUCGGAACCGAGAUAGUGAUGUCCUGGAGGCGGAAAAGAUCAUCACGAACGUGUUUGGAUCCCAGUUUACGAACGUGUCGCAGCAAUGGUUCGCCGACUAUCAAGUUUACCCCGAACAGCCCAUGGUUGGUGAUGCUGCCUAUCCGCCGGUGAUAUAUAACAGCUGGGAUCCAAACUGGCGUGGUUUCAUCGGCACGACGCUUGUUAUGAUGAUGGAGGAAUACUCCGACCUCCUGAGCAAUGCUACGCAGGGACUCAUCCUCAAAUCUUUGGCCGCGGCGACGGUUGGUGACAGCUAUCGCGUCGGAGGCGUAGAUGACGACAACCUCUAUCCAUCUUACAGCAAUCCGGCGAUCAUGCGUGCUUUUGUCAGUGGCUGGACAGGUCGUCGAAUCAACGACGCCAACAUGACGACCUCUGGUGAAAAUUACGCAAAGGAGAUCAUCGACCUCUUUACUAGAGCGAACACUCUCAGUGAGUUCAACUCGGGCACUUAUACUGGAGUAUCUCUGUUCGGGCUGAGCCUAUGGUCGAAAUAUUUACCUGAUGACUCCAUCAUGUCUGAAUAUGGGCCGAAGAUGCUGCAAGGCACUUGGUCAGCCGUUGCCCAGCUCUGGCAUCCUGGCAUGAAGAAUAUGGCGGGUCCUUGGGAUCGAGCUUACGGCUAUGACAUGAACCGAUAUGUGUCUGUAAUGGCACUAUGGUUCUCGGCCCUGAUUGGCAAGGACAAGUCCUCUUUGAUCUCGAAGCCUCAAGUAAUGUCACACGCUGCGGACUACGCAUGGGGCCCUCUCAUAGCUGUUUUGGCAGACUUUCAGGCUUCGCUUCUGCCUGAAGGCACUCUGAUGAAUUUGACGGCGUUCAGCGGCGAGCACGUGUUCGAGGCACAGGCAUACUACCCACCGUACGACAAGGUACCCAGGAACAUCACGACCUGGCUUUCACAGAACCUCACGAUUGGUGCCGAGUCGUUCGAUGAGACCGAGGUAGGCGGCCCAAGUGAGUCACAGGAAAGCUUCAACCCUGCUGUGGUGCAGUGGACAACAGGCGAUGACAUCGCGUUCAUCUCGCUCUGGCCGACGGAGACGGCGUUAGAUGUGGAUGUGUCUGCGGGAAAGCUCAACUUGACCUAUCCAAACGGCAACUCGUCGUCUGUCUUCACACUCGUCGUCUCGACAUUCACCAAGAUGAGGACGCUCACCGGGUGGGACGGAGUUCAGGGUCUCGACGUCAACGUCUCAGGCAACGCCAAUACGAGUUACAGCCUGUCGUUUGGGGGCGAGUAUGGAGGGUCGAGCUCGACGAUUCGGGACUUUGAGAUAUGGAACUUUACGUAUUCUAUGGAUGAUGACUUUGUUGGGACGCCUAACCUAUGCCUGGAAUUGAAGCUGUGGGAAUAA